ACUUUUUGGAUCUUCACUCGCUUGGAAUUUGGGAAAGUAUUGGUUAGAAGUUGGGGGUGAUCUUAUACUUAAAAAUCGGAACUCUGAAAAGCGGGAUUCUUGGCAGUGGGGAAAGUCAGCUCUUUCAUGGUUAGUGCUGACAGUUGCGGGGUAACUUUGUGGAAACUGCCUAAGUGCAGAGGCCUGCUGUACAACUGGGCCGUGAGAAUUGUGUUGCUGAAGCAGCUCUCCCUGUAGUCUGGGCUGAACUUGCUGUCCCAACCCCACCUUCAUUUUCCAGUGCCCAGUCGCUGUGUAAUGAGAGUAGUGAAAUUGUUCCUUUUAAUUUUUAUUUUCUACAUAGCCAGUAAAUAGUAAUCUCCUUAUUCUUUCCCAUUUGCUACACUUCUAACCCUGUGGAGAACAGAGAGCAAAUAAAAUUCCAGAGGAAGCAAACAAAAAGUGUUUGAAAUACAACAUAUAUUUCCUAAUGAGAACUCUUCAGGACAAACGCUCAACAUGUGGCUGUACCUGGCGGCCCUUGUGGGCCUGUACUACCUGCUGCGCUGGCACCGGGAGAGGCAGGUGGUGAGCCACCUCCGAGACAAGUACGUCUUCAUCACGGGCUGUGACUCUGGCUUUGGGAACCUGCUGGCCAGACAGCUGGACACUCGAGGCUUGAGGGUACUGGCUGGGUGUCUGACAGAGAAGGGGGCUGAGCAGCUGAAGGCCCAGACAUCAGAUAGGCUGGAGACAGUGAGCCUGGAUGUCACCAAGAUGGAGAGUGUCACUGCAGCCACACAGUGGGUGAAGGAGCGUGUUGGGGACAGAGGACUGUGGGGCCUGGUCAACAAUGCAGGUAUUAUUGACCCAGUUGCCUUCAUCGAGUGGCAGACUAUUGAGGACUCUCUGAACAUCCUCAAAGUGAACCUCAUUGGUUUGAUCCAGGUGACCUCAAGCAUGCUUCCCUUGGUGAGGAGAGCUCAGGGGAGGAUUGUCAAUGUUUCCAGCAUUCUGGGGAGAAUUGCUUCCUUUGGAGGGGUCUACUCUUGCUCCAAGCAUGGAGUAGAAGGCUUUUCGGAUAUUCUGAGGCGUGAGCUUCGACAUUUUGGGGUGAAAGUCAGCAUAAUUGAACCUGGCUACUUCAGAACAGGAAUGACAGACAUGAAGAAGUCCUUAGGGAGAGUGAAGCAAGCCUGGGAAGAAGCCCCCAUACAUAUUAAGGAGUCCUAUGGACAGCAAUUUUUUGAUGCCUAUUACAAUGUCAUAAAAGAGGGGCUGAUGCGAUGUAGCACGAACCUGAACUUGGUCACUGACUGCAUGGAACAUGCUCUGACAUCUGUGCAUCCCCGUACUCGGUAUUCGGCUGGCUGGGAUGCUCGAUUUUUCUUCAUCCCUCUGUCUUACUUACCUACGUCACUGGCAGACUGCAUAUUGACUAAAUAUUUCCCUAAACCAGCCCAGGUAGUAUAAAGAAAACUGGUUUGGUGGCUUUUGGAAUGAAGGUGAAAUUCUAGAUUUAGUUGUUAGAGUCUCAGUAAUCCUUAUUUGAACACACUUUCUGUAACAAUAAAUUUUCUUGCCUAAA